AUGUUUCUGCAGCUGGUGUUCUAUUACCUGCUUCGUUAUGCAAAGGUGUUGAGCUGUGAACUACGGCGACAGCAGCAGCAACAACAACAACAACAACAACAACAACAACAACAGCAGCAGCAGCUGGAGGCAAAUGCAGUCAAGGUGCGCUUAAUUAACAUGCAACUGGCAAGCUACAACAACAACAAGUUAACGACAACAGCACGUCAAAGAGUGCAAUCGAAGAUAUCAAAAGAAACAAAAAUUGCCGGUAGGCAGCAGCAACAACAACAGCAACAGCAACGUCGUCGCGCUGUCUAA